AUGGUGUCUUCCCAUGCUUCUGAGCUGGUGAAGAGGAGGUGGGAAACAAAACUGAAGCAAAUUGAAGAACGGGCUUCCCUGUAUGAGAGGAAACCUUUGUCUUCUGUGUAUAAACCUAGGUUAUCCAAGCUAGAAGAACCAGCCUCUAUUUGGAAGCUAUUUCAUCGGCAAACGCAAGCUUUUCAUUUUGCUAAAACCUGUAAAGAGGAUGUUCAUGUGUUUGCUUUGGAGUACAAAGUGGGAGAUGGAAAGCGUAUUUACCUCGUAACAACCUAUGUUCAAUUUUGGUUUUACUAUAAAUCCCGCAAAACCCUCUUGCACUGCUAUGAAGUUAUUCCUGAAAAUUCUGUGUGUAAGCUUUAUUUCGAUUUGGAAUUCAGCAAACCUGCCAAUCCAGGAGCUGAUGGGCAGAAGAUGGUUGCAUUACUCAUUGAGCAUGUUUGCAAAGCACUUAAAGAAUUAUACCAUGUUGAAUGUUCAUCUGAAGAUGUUUUCAAUUUGGAUUCCAGCAGUGAUAAGAAAUUUAGCCGCCAUUUAGUAUUUCAACUCCAUGAUGUGGCAUUUAAGGAUAAUAUUCAUGUUGGCAAUUUUGUGAGAAAAAUUUUACAGCCAGCUUUUAGAUUAAUUGCCAGUGAAGGUGAUGAUAUGAUUCAAGAAACAACACACCAUGAAUGUUCCCAUAUUUCUGAAGCAUUGAUAGAACCAGGACCUUCUCUCAGUACAACAACUACAGAAAAGGAGAGAGAGGAGACCUGGACAUUGAACCCAGAGAAGUUGGAGAGGCUGGGUGCAACUGAGGAAGGCAGUCCUGACCUCUCAUUUUUAGUUGUAAAGAAUGACACAGGAGAAAAACAUCUUUUUGUAGAUCUAGGAGUUUAUACAAGAAAUAGAAACUUUCGGCUGUAUAAGUCAUCAAAAAUAGGAAAACACAUAGCUUUGGAGGUUGCUAAAGAUAACAGAUUUUCUCCUAAACAAUCAGAGAGUAUUUGUGAAGAAAAUCAGUAUUUCCUCUCUUCUUUGGUCAGCAAUGUCAGAUAUUCAGAUACUUUACGAAUUCUUACAUGUGACUCACCUCAGAAUACACAAAGACAAGUUGAAUAUUUUAACCAUAAUGGCACUUCAGCAGACACCAUGGAAGGUUUUCAGUGUUCUCCUUACCCUGAAAUUGAUCAUUUUGUUCUUUCUUUGGUGAAUAAAUAUGGCAUCCAAGGAGGAAUUAGACGUUGGAGCUACUUCUUCCCUGAAGAAUUACUGGUUUAUGACAUUUCUAAAUAUCGCUGGUGCGAAAAUGUCGGAAGAGCACACAAAAGUAAUAAUAUUAUGAUUCUGAUUGAUCUGAAAAAUGAAGUUUGGUAUCAAAAAUGUCACGACCCUGUAUGUAAAGCAGAAAACUUCAAAUCCAACUGUUUCCCAUUACCUCCUGAAGUGAGUCUCCUGUACCUUUUCAAGGACGAAGAGGAAUUUACAACAGAUGAAACAAAGAACAAUGAAACUAAGAAUCUUCACAAACCAUCAUCUGAUACGUUGUCAAGAGGUGUAUCUCCCAGUGAUAACUGGGAUGAGGACAUUGAUGAUGCUUAUUUUUUAGAAGCUACUGAAGAUGCUGAAUUGGCUGAUGCUGCAGAGAGUUUUCUCAGUGACAGCAAUGGAGCAGAUGAAAUUCCUGACGAGCUAAUUGUACAAGUAUUACAGUAG